CGUACCGCGCAUCUCUCUCGCGUCGCCCCUACAUCCCAAGCGAGUGCCGUGCAGCCAUUAUUUCAAACGAAAAACCUCCCCAAAAAUGAGAAAUAUCUCUUAUUUAGUUUAAAAUUAACUCGGUUAAUGCUAGACGUAUACAUUUAUUAUAAAACAACAUUGUAUACAACAUGGGGGUUUAACAAUCGUAAAAAUGGCUACUCAGUAGGGCACGCUGUAAAAUAAUGUAAAAGAUUAUAUUAUGUAUAGUGUAAAGAAGUCUUCCAUUUAGAGUUAAAAGUGUAGAAUUAAAAAUACAUGUCUUCCUGUUACGUCAAUUUUUGACAUAGUUAUACAAUCGAUAGUAAGAAAAUUGUGAAACAAUAAAGGUUUUUAAUAUACUUUGAAGAAAACGUAUUAAAAAUGAUUAACCUUGGACGCAUCAAGUUACCACCUAUAAAGAACGUUCUGGACGUGGCGAUGCAGACAGUGAGGCAGCAAGUACCUGAAAAACCAGGUGCACCUCCUCGUCCUCCACAAAAUGUCCGAUUUGCCAACAUGGAUAUGGGUGAAAGUUGCGAAUUGUCAACAAUGAAUGAAACAACAUCACCCACGUACCAGUCAACCAACCCUACCAACCCAUUUCUCAGCGGAGACCUUCAGGCCGAAGACUCUUUUACCAGUUAUCAGAACACAUAUCCACAACAGGAUGGCGCUCCAAGAACUCAAAGCAUGCAAAGUGUUGACUUUUAUGCUUCAUCAGAGGAAGGUGGUUUCGAAGAAGGUGGAGGAAAACCCGGCGCCAAAAUUAACGAAUUCCAAGCAGCUUGGAAUGUCACCAAUGCUAUUCAGGGUAUGUUUGUAGUAUCGUUGCCUUUUGCCGUACUUCAAGGAGGAUAUUGGGCAAUAGCUGCUAUGAUUGGAAUCGCGCAUAUAUGUUGCUACACCGGCAAGAUUCUCGUUGAAUGCCUCUAUGAAGAUGAUCCAGUGUCAGGACAACGCGUUCGAGUUCGGGAUUCUUAUGUAAGUAUUGCUAAAGAAUGCUUUGGACGCAAAUAUGGUGCUAAAAUCGUUAACAUCGCUCAAAUUAUAGAACUCCUCAUGACUUGUAUUCUGUACGUAGUUGUCUGUGGUGAUCUUAUGAUUGGUACCUUUCCCGAUGGCUCGAUUGAUACCCGGUCUUGGAUGAUGCUGACUGGAAUUUUCUUGUUACCACUCGCUUUUUUAAAAUCUCUUAAAAGCGUCAGCAUGUUAUCUUUUUGGUGCACUAUGAGCCACUUAAUUAUUAAUGCAAUUGUUCUCGGUUAUUGCAUUCUUUAUAUCGGUGACUGGGGCUGGGGAAAAGUCAAGUGGUCAUUAGAUUUCGAAAAUUUCCCAAUCAGUUUAGGUGUGAUUGUCUUUUCGUACACUUCACAAAUAUUUCUGCCUACGUUGGAAGGCAACAUGGAGGAUCGAUCAAGGUUUGAAUGGAUGUUAAACUGGUCCCAUAUAGCCGCAGCUGCGUUCAAAUCUAUCUUCGGCUAUUUAUGUUUUCUGACCUUUCAAAAUGAUACUCAGCAAGUGAUAACGAAUAACCUUCGAUCAGCAGGAUUUAAAGGAUUGGUAAACUUUUUCCUAGUCAUCAAAGCUGUCCUUAGCUAUCCUCUCCCAUAUUAUGCAGCUUGCGAUCUCUUAGAAAGAGUAUUGUUCAGAGGAAAACCAAAAACUCUCUUUCCACCUAUAUAUGCUUUAGACGGAGAACUUAAAGUUUGGGGUUUGGCUUGGAGACUUGGAGUUAUAAUGUUCACAAUUUUAAUGGCAAUUUUUAUUCCGCAUUUCGCAAUUCUCAUGGGAUUCAUCGGAAGUUUCACUGGUACCAUGUUAAGUUUUAUAUGGCCUGCUUACUUCCAUCUCAAAUUGAAAGGCAAUCAACUUGAAAGCACAACAAUCGCUUAUGACUAUUUCAUUAUCGGGCUUGGAGUACUUUUUGGUGUUAUUGGAAUGUAUGACUCUGGCUCGGCUUUAAUCAAAGCCUUUGAAAUAGGAUUGCCGUUUUAAUUAAUUCAAAGUAGUAUUUAGAUGAUUGUUGAACUAUUUUUAGAUUUACGCAUUUACUUCAUGUAUUAAAAUUUAAACUUCCGCACAGUUGCGAUAUGUCUAAAAUGUUAAAUUCCAAGUAUCUAGUCUGAUGUGAUUGAAAUGUAUGUAACUUAGCUGUUUUAGAAAUAAGAAAUAUUAACAACAACAUCACGAUGUUCAAAAUGUCUUCCAGUCAUUUUAUAGAUUUAUGUACAUAUACGUAAAUUUAGAAAGUUAAAUUUAUAUUUACAAUCAUUUAGUGAAAUCAAACGUCUUCCAAAAAAAUAACGUUCGAAAUUCUUCGACAACGAAGUCUUCCACAAAAUAUGAUAUUAUAAUAAAUAUAUAAGAGAAAAAUGCUUAAAUAUAAGAUACUCGUAGAAUCCACGCCAUUGUGUGCAAGAUAAUUAACUUUUUAGAUAUUGUUGUACACGGUCUCAAAUAUAAUCUGAUAUUUUUUAAAUUAUUGAUGUAAUUUAAUGUCUUCCAAAAAAUUUUAUUGAAUAAUAGGUAAAUAUAUAAGUUGUAUUACAUUUUUGAUAUUGCUUGUUAUACUGUUUUGCUUUGAUAAUGCAAUCACAAAGAUUUUACCCUAAAAUUGUUCAUACCUACACCAUAAUAAUCUAUAUUUCAUUGUUGUUGAUUAUAUAUCAUAUAGAAAUAAAUAUAGACAAUAAUAUACAUGUUAUUUUAUAUCUAAACUAGCGACAACAAAAAGAAGCAUAUGUGAAAUACAGGAACAUCCAUAGAUAUCUA